AGAUAGAGAAUCAUAACCCCUUUCCCUAUCUCUAAUGCGGUCAUAAAAAUUAAAAAUAAACCAAGUUCCGUCCUCAAAACAUUUCCCACGCUUUUUUUCUUCUUCUUUUCCUCAUGCACUUCUCGAAUGAACAAACAUCUCUCGUCCCAAGUGUACCUAAUAAUCCUGGAAAUCGGCCCGAUUCCUACAAAUUAUACGGCGGAAUUAUAGUGUACUAGCAAGCAUUACUUGAAUCAUGCGAGUGUUAUUGCAAAGCGUUUUGCGCAUUUUCCGGCCUAUUAUUCAGUCAUCUGUUCGACCACACGAAGUACGGUUUCACGAGCUGAGUAAAGGGCUUCGAAAGGGCACCCUUACAUUGAUCGACUGCAGGAACCAAACCGAGCGAGAAGACCCAGGAAUGAUCCCCGGAAGUUUCAAUAUCCCACUCCACGAAGCUCAAGAAGCAUUCAAGUUAACUGAGUCAGAAUUCGAAGCACGAUAUAGAUUCAAAAAGCCGGAUCCCAGCAAUGACCAAGUCGUUGUGGCCUGCAGAAGUGGAAAGAGAGCAGAAGAUUUCAUUGACCGCAUCCGUCCUCUCGGCUACGAAAACUUCAGGUUGUACAAAGGAAGCUUUCUGGAUUGGGAGGAAAAAGGAGGCCCGGUCACUCGUGAAAAACUGCGCGGCCCACAAUAAUACGGUACUCGGACGGUACUCCUUUCCCCCCGAGUUGAUAUUUAAUUUUUUUUCUUGAUGCUCAAUUGUGAAGUGACAUGGAGAACUCAUUGAUGCGUCAAUUGCUGGUUUCCGGCAAAGUUCAAGAAUAUAUUCUCCUGACAUUCUUCACGCUU